UGUUCUCGCCAGUCGUCACGUGUUGUUCGUUCUUUGAUUUCGUUGAUACGUUGAUUGUAUUCAAUCAAAAAUGUUAUCGUGUUAUGUCUAAAGGAACCAUAUAGUAGAUCCACGUCAGAGCCUUAUCUACAGUGAUUUAGGUUCUGUGGGUUUAUAUUUCAUCCUUGUUUCUACGUUCAUUGUCUGUUGAUUACCGUUACCGAACAUCACAACUAUGGCAUUGGAGUUAAGAUUACAUAGCCCUGCUGGUUCAGAGCCUGAUGUCUACAAGUGGCCUUCAGCACCUGGACAAGCAGGAGGCAGGAAUGCUGUGGCUAUAGAGCUGGUUGAAACUAUAAGGUGGGUCUGUGUUGAUUUCCCUGAAUUGGCAAUAGACAAUCAUAUACUUAGCAGCUAUGAUACAAGCAGUUAUCAAAGUAUGAGUAAAUUAGUGGAAGAGUAUAAUCGAGCCAUCGACACCAUCUGUCAACAACAGAAAAUUGUCGUACGCCCAUCUAAACGGUUAAAUCACCGACCUUCGCGAGGUCUUCUGCGUCACAUUCUGCAACAGGUCUACAACAAAGCCGUGGCAAAUCCCGAAAAGCUCAAUCAUUAUGUGCCGUUUUCUCCCGAGGUAUAUGGUGAGACGUCUUAUGAUUUGAUCUGUCAGUUGAUCGAUAAUAUAAACAUGACGGAGGACGAUACUUUCAUUGACCUCGGUUCGGGAGUGGGUCAGAUAGUUCUGCAAGUUGCUGCAUCCACUUCUUGUAAAAUGGUCUGGGGUAUUGAGAGAUCUGAAUGGCCUAGUCGAUUUGCAAAGAAUAUGGAUUUCCACUUUAGACGGUUGAUGCGCUGGUGGGGAAAGCUCUAUGGAGAAUACCAGCUGAUAAAAGGGGAUUUUUUAGACCAACGUCAUAGCGAAAAAAUUUAUUCAGCCACGGUAGUUUUUGUAAAUAACUUUGCUUUCGGUCCCGAUCUCGACCACCAGCUAAAGGAACGAUUUGCUGAUCUCAGGGACGAUACUCGUAUCGUCUCAUCUAAAGCAUUUUCUCCUCUUAAUUUUAAGAUCAGCGCUCGCAAUUUGAGUGAUAUAGGUACGAUUAUUCGUGUCUCCGAGUUGCCGUUUCUUCGAGGUUCAGUUUCUUGGACUGGAAAACCUGUAUCCUACUAUCUUCAUAUUAUUGAUCGAACUAAAUUGGAACUCUAUUAUAACCAGUUAAACGAUCAACAACCUACAAAAUCAAAAAUUAAUGAAAAAAAUGGAUUGCCACGGGUUGGUCGUGCAAAAAAAAAAUUUCAAUCAGAUAAUGUGAUAGCUGGUAUCACUAUGCCGAAGACGGAAUGUCAAGUGACUUUGUCUGGAAGAUCGACCAAACAGAAAUCAUUUCAGUUCGGCCGACAGAAUCAAGUAGAGCAAGAAACAGGUGGUCCAGGUCAUAAACCCUUUGGUCGAGUCGUGAAACGGAAAAGCGAUGGGCGUAGCAAAAGAAAAAGUUCCUCUACCGAUUUCACUUUGACUGGCACAGAAUUAUACAGCGCGAACACUUCACAUUCUCAAAAUCCCCCGUUUGAACAAAGAUGUAUCCACCAACAGUUACCAUCCAGUACUGCAGCGUCUUCUAGCCCACUUCAGGAGAAAAUUCCGCUCACACAAUCUUCUGGCGACUUAACCAACAUUCCGCGUGUACUUCAGGUAUAUCUGGACAAUGUCAGUAAUCAAAUGAUGUCGGUAAUAGCGCAGUUCAAAGAUCAUAAAAAUCACGCUGCCAUCAUGCGUGAAAUAGAAAUCGAACGCGAUCGGAAAAUCAAACUGAAUUUACAAGCUGCCCUAUUAGAAAAACAGAUUGCGCAUUUGGCGGACACUGAGAAAAAACUUCGACGACAGCAAGAAGUGGUAUAUCGGGAUAGAAAUUUGACUCAUUUCAAUGGGGAUGUCACCGGCAUUUCUGUUGUCAAUCAGGAAUCAAUCCUGAAAAAGAUAUCUAUUGCCUUGCACCAGCGCAAGAACAUAAACCGACAAGUUAGCAAGAUAAUGUCGGAAGUUACCGUUCUGGGGGGAACUACCUCCAUUGCACUGCAAACGCAACAGUCACAAAGCUCUAAAUCGGCGCAACAGCGACCAGGUAGGCUAGAGGCAGCAAGAGACCUUCAUAAAAAUCCAGAGUGGUUAAACUUACCAGUGAUCGAAAAAGGUAAAGGGAAUAUUUCUGAGACCCUAACGAAGAAGGUACUUCAGCCGAACGGGCCUCGAACGAAGGACGAAACAUUGACACUAUCCAAACAAGAUAGUACUACCAGUGAUGCUCUCGAGAAUCGCUUACAAAAGGUCGUCACUAAUCUAUUGAGUGAUCAAACUAAUCAGGCUGACAGUCGGUACAGAAAUGGGUUUUCUUUAUCACGUAUUUGUCGCUAGCCACCUUUUGAUUCUUUCAUACCUGCGGCGAUAUCUUAUUUUACAUAUUCCUAAACUUCAGUCACUUUGACUUGUGAGUUGCCUGUAUUUUUGUAGUGUUAAUCCUUUGCCAAUUAUUCGCCAGAUCUGUCACUUCGAUUCUAUUGUAAGUAUGCGAUCAAUGGGAUCAGAGGAUACGAUUUCACAGCUAAGCCGUCUACAAGUGAUAUAAUCGUAUUCAUUUAAUAUCUAUAGCGCCUAUCUUUUCCCUUCAUUGUUUGUAUAAAAUGGAUUGUUUGUUUUCUCUCCAAUUUUAGGGGAGACAAAGGGGCGAUUAUUUCUCCACUUUAAGAUAUUGUGCUGUCUAAAUAUCUUAAUCCUACCUAAAUCCUUCCAUCAGAAGGUUCAAUUUUUUUUGUGAACCAUAUCGCCCUUUCCAUAUUUCACCUUGUUUUAUUUUGCUGGCGGCCGAAGACUUAAAAUUUCCCAUCGACAAGCUAUACAGUCGGAAAUCCAUUACGAUACCUCUCCAACAUCGAUGUGCUCUCCAACUGAAAAGCCGUUGCCAGUUCCAAUCAGCUACUUGAGUAAUUGAUAAUUCGUUCAUAUGUUAACCCUUUUCUACCCUAUUAUCUCAAACUAAUAAAGGCACUUCCGGUACACGCCACGUAUUACAUAGCGUGUCGUGCCGAAGUUGAUUACGUUCACUCUUCGUGCACUUGGAAUACCCUCCGUGGCCGAAGCUUUUAAACGCACUGAACAUAAGUACCCAACGCUGAAUGGCAACGCCAGAUCAGAAUGUUUGGACGUCACUCUCUUACUCGUCAUUGAAGCGUCGAUCAACGCAGAGAAUAGUGAUCCUGCUGUAACCUCCAUCAUUGUCUUCGGACUGUGCAGCCCAUGCCUUCCCCAUCACUACCAAGACUAUCCGACCAUCCCAGCCGAAGACAGAUCAGACGAGACGUUAGGGUUAGGGUACACUCGUGGUUCGCUGGCCUCGUCCACCUCGUUUGGUCUGGCACGCCCUUACUCGGAGGAUAACGAGCGCUGAUUCCCUUUUAGUCUUCGUCUGUUUAACCCGUCGUCUUACCGUUCGCCAGUGCCCAGUUUAGCUUCAAAAAUGAGAAUGUUCAGCUACGACAGGCCGUUCUGAGCGGUUAAUUCUUGCAUUGCUUCUUAUGAAGUAACCGUGGGCAGAUCUAGGACACCGUCCACUAAAGCAGAACAACAGCCCAAGAUCACCGAUUAUCAGCCAUUCUAGCGAUUAUCGACUCGGUGUUUCUAUCAGGUUUAUUUUGUUAUUCGUUUGACAUUAGAGCAACGUUAUGUAAUUUAAUUGUUUUCCGAGUAUUGAAAACCCUAAAGGGUACCACCGACGAGUUGCCCAUCGCUCCUUCAGUGUUCCGUGACCAGACUCGUAUUCAACUCUGCCGUGUAUGAUUUUGAGAUUGAUGGCCCAAUUUUAUAAUCCAAGUCGAACGUUGAUGACUUGAUCGGAGUCUUUAUGGAGUAGUUGGUGGUGGCCAUUUUAUACCGCUUUGCGAAGACCAGGGAUGAUGAUGGUUGUUGGUACUAUUUUGACGAUAGUGUCGUCCACGAAGCUAACGAGGAGUCUGUGUAACUAUUAAAUUGUUUUGUACAUGACAAAAUUUAAAAAAUUUGGGAUUGUUAAUCAUCUAUUUGUACAGUCUAAAGCGGCAUGUGUUUUAUUGUACAUCCCCGUUUUCGCUGCAAGUCUCUAUAUUCGUGCUGCGUUAAGAAACGAUUUUUCUUGUGGCUGCUAUCACAGUCAACUAUUAGAUAAAAUAAUCCUGAUGAAUCUGAGCAGAUAUUGAUGGAGGUUUGGUGGAAAAAAAAAACAUGUAUAUUCAUUAGAAAGGCGAUCGAAGAUGAAAUUUUAAUAUUUUAAUAAAUUGAAGUGCAUAUCUGG